CGAGCCCGAGCGGAGUGUGGCGGCGGCGGCGGCGGCGAGAUCUGGGCUCGGGUUGAGGAGUUGGUAUUUGUGUGGAAGGAGGCGGAGGCGAAGGAGGAAGGGGGAAGCGGGGCGCCGGCCCGGAGGGCGGGAGGAGGCGCGGUCAGGGCGGGCGGCUGAGGCGAGGCGAGGCGGGGAGCCGGGAGGAGCCGCGGCCGAGCGAGCGCGGGCGCACCGAGGCGAGGGAGGCGGGGAAGUCCCGCCGCCGCCGCGGCCGCCGCGCCCGCCCCUUCCCCCCCGCCGCCCGCCCCCUCUCCCCCCGCCCGCUCGCCGCCUUCCUCCCUCUGCCUUCCUUCCCCACGGCCGGCCGCCUCCUCGCCCGCCCGCCCGCAGCCCAGGAGCCGAGGCCGCCGCGGCCGUGGCGGCGGAGCCCUCAGCCAUGGCCUCGGGCGACACCCUCUACAUCGCCACGGACGGCUCGGAGAUGCCGGCCGAGAUCGUGGAGCUGCACGAGAUCGAGGUGGAGACCAUCCCGGUGGAGACCAUCGAGACCACGGUGGUGGGCGAGGAGGAGGAGGACGACGACGACGACGAGGACGGCGGCGGCGGCGACCACGGCGGCGGGGGCGGCCACGGGCACGCCGGCCACCACCACCACCACCACCAUCACCACCACCACCACCCGCCCAUGAUCGCGCUGCAGCCGCUGGUCACCGACGACCCGACCCAGGUGCACCACCACCAGGAGGUGAUCCUGGUGCAGACGCGCGAGGAGGUGGUGGGCGGCGACGACUCGGACGGGCUGCGCGCCGAGGACGGCUUCGAGGACCAGAUCCUCAUCCCGGUGCCCGCGCCGGCCGGCGGCGACGACGACUACAUCGAGCAGACGCUGGUCACCGUGGCGGCGGCCGGCAAGAGCGGCGGCGGCGGCUCUUCGUCGUCGGGGGGCGGCCGCGUCAAGAAGGGGGGCGGCAAGAAGAGCGGCAAGAAGAGUUACCUCAGCGGCGGGGCCGGCGCGGCGGGCGGCGGCGGCGCCGACCCGGGCAACAAGAAGUGGGAGCAGAAGCAGGUGCAGAUCAAGACCCUGGAGGGCGAGUUCUCGGUCACCAUGUGGUCCUCAGAUGAAAAAAAAGAUAUUGACCAUGAGACAGUGGUUGAAGAACAGAUCAUUGGAGAGAACUCGCCUCCUGAUUACUCAGAGUAUAUGACAGGAAAGAAACUUCCUCCUGGAGGAAUACCUGGCAUUGACCUCUCAGAUCCUAAACAACUGGCAGAAUUUGCUAGAAUGAAGCCAAGAAAAAUUAAAGAAGAUGAUGCUCCAAGAACAAUAGCUUGUCCUCAUAAAGGCUGCACAAAGAUGUUCAGGGAUAACUCUGCCAUGAGAAAACAUCUGCACACCCACGGUCCCAGAGUCCACGUAUGUGCAGAAUGUGGCAAAGCUUUUGUUGAGAGCUCAAAACUAAAACGACACCAACUGGUUCAUACUGGAGAGAAGCCUUUUCAGUGCACAUUCGAAGGCUGUGGGAAACGCUUUUCACUGGACUUCAAUUUGCGCACACAUGUGCGAAUCCAUACUGGAGACAGGCCCUAUGUGUGCCCCUUCGAUGGUUGUAAUAAGAAGUUUGCUCAGUCAACUAACCUGAAAUCUCACAUCUUAACACAUGCUAAGGCCAAAAACAACCAGUGAAGAGAGAGAAGACCCUUCUCGACCACGGGAAGCAUCUUCCAGGAGUGUGAUUGGGAAUAAAUAUGCCUCUCCUUUGUAUAUUAUUUCUAGGAAGAAUUUUAAAAAUGAAUCCUACACACCUAAGGGACAUGUUUUGAUAAAGUAGUAAAAAUUUAAAAAAAAAAAAACUUUAAUAAGAUGACAUUGCUAAGAUGCUCUAUCUUGCUCUGUAAUCUCGUUUCAAAAACACGGUGUUUUUGUAAAGUGUGGUCCCAACAGGAGGACAAUUCAUGAACUUCGCAUCAAAAGACAAUUCUUUAUACAACAGUGCUAAAAAUGGGACUUCUUUUCACAUUCUUAUAAAUAUGAAGCUCACCUGUUGCUUACAAUUUUUUUAAUUUUGUAUUUUCCAAGUGUGCAUAUUGUACACUUUUUGGGGAUAUGCUUAGUAAUGCUAUGUGUGAUUUUUCUGGAGGUUGAUAACUUUGCUUGCAGUAGAUUUUCUUUAAAAGAAUGGGCAGUUACAUGCAUACUUCAAAAGUAUUUUCCUGUAAAAAAAAAAAAAGUUAUAUAGGUUUUGUUUGCUAUCUUAAUUUUGGUUGUAUUCUUUGAUGUUAACACAUUUUGUAUAAUUGUAUCGUAUAGCUGUAUUGAAUCAUGUAGUAUCAAAUAUUAGAUGUGAUUUAAUAGUGUUAAUCAAUUUAAACCCAUUUUAGUCACUUUUUUUUUUUCCAAAAAAUACUGCCAGAUGCUGAUGUUCAGUGUAAUUUCUUUGCCUGUUCAGUUACAGAAAGUGGUGCUCAGUUGUAGAAUGUAUUGUACCUUUCAACACCUGAUGUGUACAUCCCAUGUAACAGAAAGGGCAACAAUAAAAUAGCGAUCCUAAAGAAAGAGUAUGGCAGAAAAAGAUCUGUAAGCACAGUCUUAUUUUCUUUUGUUGUCCAGAAUACUUAUAAUUCUUGAGCCGCCCAGAAAUUGGAAGCUAAAUAAAGCAACUCAAGUUUCCUUUAUUUUGCACUCAAUUACAGUGACUUGUGAUUAAAGCGAUGCUUGGAUAUUUUAAUACUUCCUACAUGUCCUGAGUUUUGAGAGAGAGUAGGUAACAGGCACCCCGAGUUAAGGAACUACCUCAGAGUACCCCAGACCAGGCCUGUUGGUGAUAGGAUUUGAUUUUAGCUCCCCGGCAAGCAUGUGAGUGAAGCGUUUGUGCCGUGGCCUGAGCGCCUUCUCAAGGUAAGGUGCUAACCGGCAGCGGGGUGCACAGAGGGAAGGAAGACCAGGCCUUUUGGUGACUCUGGCUGCCUUCAGAGGCAGUUCCAGCAGGUCCUUGGCUUGUCUAACAAGAAAUGCUUACGGUUGUUGGUUAUUUGGUUUGAGAGCCUUUGUUCCUCCAUCUAGUGGAGUCUUCAUUAAAUACUAGCAAGUGCGGCAGUUGAGCGCCAGUAGCUUAAUUUCAUGCUUCUAAAUGGAUACUGGGUGCAAGGUGAUAAGAUUAUUAGAAAAUUGUACUCAAUGAGUACUUUACCUCUCACAUUGUGACCUCUUUAUGGUUAUAAUUUUUGAAUUUUACUUAGGAUUAAAUACCAGACUUCUUGAAUAUUUUAUAAACUGCCAUGAUACAGCAAAAUCCCAUUUAUUCAAAAUACAUACUGUGUGUCUUUCUGUGCUGUAUGCCUGACUCUGCAAGGAAAAUAACGAACUAGCUAAUAGAUUUGUUUAUAAAACGGCCAGGACACCAUCAGGACAAACAUGUAGCCCAGUCUCUUAACAGCUUCUCCAUUGGUCCUGUACAGGAGGAUUGGUAACCUAGUAACAGUGACCCCAUGGCUCUUUGGAAUUUUGAAGUGCCUUUCGAAUCAUAAAUGAAAAAUUUAACUUAAGACCCUUUUUUUUAUUCAUCCAGAAUCUGUUAUCCAUUGAGUAGUUUGAUGGAACUGAGUUAAUCAGAAGACCCCAGCUGUUCUGUGGAUAAGCCAGGCUUUGCUGUAUCUGGCAGUCAGGAGAGAGGUAAGCCCAUGGUGGAGGUCCCUUUCAAAGCUGAGUGCCCUGAUGGGAAUGUGUGAUUCUUUGAUUAGACCUGGACAGAGGCUUCUGUUGACGCCCAUUCUGUAAUCACCCAUACCUUCCCUCUGCACCAUCAGAUUGAGUAGUCCUGGUAUGGCUGUACUGAAAUGCCACUCCAGCUGGUGGCUGUAUUAGAAGUCCAGACCCACAUCACCUUCGUCCUGCAUUGUGCCGCACUAGAGCCUGGCCCAGGCACUGUCCUCAGGACCCCUGCCUAAGAGCCCACAGCAGAGUAGACCUGUGCUGUGGAGAAGUCCUGCCAGCAGCCCUGAGAGCCAUGCCAUGACCUGCAGUAGCCAGGCUCCCGUGUGGAACGAGUCCCUCUUCCUCUGUGCCUUGAUCCCUUGGGGGGUGCCUUUUGUCAUCUCUUUUGUCCUUUUCUGUCUCUGAGUGGAAUAGUCAUCACUUCCCAUGACACUCUGUCCGUGUCUUCUCAGUCUGCAGAGUUAACUUCUGUAAGGAGUUUAAUGUAGGGUUGAAGAACACUUAAUGUCCAAAUUCCUUGUUGACAUAGCACUCUGAAUUUACAAUAGUGUAGGAAACUAGUAAAUGAGCAACAAGUGAGUAGUAAAUGAGUAGAGGUAGUUCUCAUUGGGCUUAACUUAAACCCAUUUUGCUUGUGAUUAGAAUUUAUAAUUUUGCAAAAGAUGUAAUUUACUAAAAUUUGACAUGGUGUUCUAACAGUGAGUCCAUUGUCUUGAGGAUUAAUCUGAUUUAUACGUAAAACUGAUAGACAUAUUUUCUUACAUCUGAGCGGAAAUAAAUGCAUGUUUCUAGCAUAUGUAAUAUAAAAACUCCAGAGGAUAAGUUUACACUUAAGAUGUUGUUUUCUAUUUUUGAAUUUCUUAUUUUCCCCCUUUUUGGUAGUGGGAUUGGGGGGGAGCAUAAUAUUUGUAUAAAGAACUGUCACCCCAGAGUGACAUUUAUUUUCCAAGGUGACAACUCAUGCUGUUGAUUUCAUAUGGUGUUUGUGUGCUUUGCCUAGACUCAAGGCCUGAGGAUUUGAGGAAAAUCAAGAUUUAUUUUUCUUAUUUGGUUUUCAUGAACAAGUUUUUCUAAAUGUCACUUAUUUUACUAAAUUUGAGAAAGUAGGGCCCUUUAGUGGAAUCGUGUGCCCAAUGCCUGCCCAUGUUCCAAGCAGAAUUCUAGUUCGUUUCUUCACAAACAGGCAAGAGGUACUUACUACAGUCGGUGAGAAGCCUGGAGAGAGAGAGGUGCGCUUCUGCCUGAGUAGUCCUUUAAGAGGGCUUAAGUGGGCUUAUUGCUGCCCCCACAUCAGUUGUUAUACUCUGCUUAGCAAAACUUAAUGGGUUGUAACGUACUUCAGAUCAGUUUCAAACUAGAAUUUAUGUCUAUGGUACAGAGAAACCUGGCUCCAUAAAAUAAGUUUUGAAUCAGAAACCUGAUGAUUCCACCACCCCCACACCCCACGUCCAGGCAGAGGAAAUUCCUGUGUUACUACAGGCAGAGAAUCACUUCCUGUGUCUCUGACUCCUCUGUGAUCUGGAAUCGGUGUGACUUAGAAAGUCCAUGUUAUUAAUCCUUAGCACCAUACAUUCCUUCUAUUUUCUUGACACCUGGCCACCAGCAAGAACAAGAAUCCCAGAGGUCGAACAGUGGUAAGAGCUGAUGUUGCUCGCAGGUGUCCACUUGAUGCCAUGCCUGUGCCAUGAGGCUUCCUCUAGCUAAUCUGCUGGCCUGCUGAAGCCAGCUCUUUGCCUUUCACUGGAUUGCCUUGGACCCCUGGCCUUGAGGGCCCCCUUGUCCUGGCUCCCAUUGGCAUUAGUGCGAUUGCAGCACCUCUUCAGAGCUCAGGCCCAGCAGGUCCUGGCAGGUUCAUUCCACUCAAACUUUUAACGCAAGAGGUGAGGGAGGAAGCCAAAACUCCAAGCUGUGCUUCCUUUUGGCUCUGGCCAUGUGUUUUCUAGCCUGCUCUUUGACUUUACAGAACAGAAGGUGCUCCAUGCCUUGAAUCACUCUUGACUGCUCAACAGCGUUUGACCAGAGGGCUGGCUAGGUCUCAUUCACCCUAAAUCGCUGAACAUUGAUUUGUCUUGUUACUGCUCCCACUGUGGUGCCCUGGUUGCCUGAAGAUGGUUUAAGUGCAGGCUCUUUAGAUAUCAAGCAGGAGACGGCUGGCCUGUCACCCACAAGGGGACAGCUACAUGGCUAGGAGGCUUCCUGGCAUCUGCGCUAGGCCUGAGUGGUCUGCAUAAUGCCAGAGAAGACCUUUAAGCUGGGACUAUAUCAAGACUUGAUGGGAGGGACGAGUGGCAUGUUGUUAACACACAUCACCCCGUCCCCUUAUAAAAACUAGAAGAGAAUGUUGAAGUUGAACAUUGGCAUUAGUGAGCAGCAAAUCAGACUUCCCACAAAUGGGGUAUAAGAAGGUGUGAACUGCCAAACAGGGUUCUGGCCAAGCUACGCGGCCAGCCCCUAGGUUUCCAGCCAGCAUUCUGGGAGUCUGCAGAGGGUGAGUGUGGUGGUAUCAUGUUCAUCUGAAACACAAAGAUUGAUUUUCCACAAAGUGGCAAGUUUGCUGAAAUUGACUACAUUUCAUUAAAGACACUCAGACGCCAUAAGAAACAGCACUGGGGUGUUGGGGGAAGGGGGUUCUGUUCGCCGCUCUCCCUGGGGGCCACAUACCGGCUGUGUAUGCUGGGGAGGGGAGAAGGGCAUCAGUACCAGGCAAAAUUGUUUUUGUUCACUUUCUGGUAACAUCUAUAGGCCCUGGCUCAAGGACUUAGCAUUGCGUCUCAUGUACAUCUUUUUCUUAAAUGUUCUUUGCCAUUUCUGGAAUUGUCCUUCGUUUUUCCUUAGUUCAUAGGUCAUAGAUGCAGAAAUAUUGUAGUAUUUAAGGCAUCCGCAUCAAGCAUCAGAUGGCUUUGCAUCCCAAAAAUCAUUGAUAACUCAGUUUGAAGCACCAAGCAUGUGUAACAUGGCUCUAUAAAAUAUAAUAAAUGCAUAAUGUUAAGCUUU